AUGGGAGAGUGCCCAGUUGCUCACCACACCAACAUCGACCGCAAGCGCGUACCCGCUGCCGGUUUCGGUCAGAAGAACUCGGAUUGGUGGCCCAACGCCGUCAAGCUCAACGUCCUCCGACAGCACCAGGCCAAGUCGGAUCCCUUCAACGCCGAUUUCGACUACGCAGCCGCCUUCAACAGCCUCGACUACGAUGCGCUCAAGAAGGAUCUCACAACCCUCAUGACCGACUCCCAGGACUGGUGGCCUGCGGAUUUCGGUCACUACGGUGGCUUCUUCAUCCGUAUGUCGUGGCACGCCGCCGGUACCUACCGUGUCCAGGAUGGUCGCGGUGGAGGAGGAGAGGGGCAGCAGCGAUUCGCUCCCCUCAACUCGUGGCCAGACAACGGUAACCUCGACAAGGCUCGUCGUCUCUUGUGGCCCAUCAAGCAGAAGUACGGCAACAAGAUCUCGUGGGCCGAUCUCUUGCUCUUGACCGGCAACGUCGCCCUCGAGUCGAUGGGCUUCAAGACCUUCGGUUUCGCCGGUGGUCGUGCCGACACCUGGGAGGCUGACCAGUCCACCUACUGGGGUGGUGAGACCACUUGGCUCGCAAACGAUGUUCGUUACGAGGAGGGCACCAAGAACGGCGGUGACAUCAACGACCUCAAGAACCGCAACCUUGACAACUCGCUCGCCGCUUCGCACAUGGGUCUCAUCUAUGUCAACCCCGAGGGUCCCAACGGCGAGCCUGACCCGGUUGCCGCUGCCAACGACAUCCGAACCACCUUCGGCCGCAUGGCCAUGAAUGACGAGGAGACCGUUGCUCUCAUUGCUGGUGGUCACACCUUCGGUAAGACUCACGGUGCCGGUAACCCCGACCUUGUCGGCCCCGAGCCCAACGGUGCCCCCAUCGAGGCACAAGGUUUCGGUUGGGCCAGCAAGCAUGGCUCCGGUAAGGCUGGUGACGCCAUCACCUCCGGUACCGAGGUCAUCUGGACCAGCAAGCCCACCGAGUGGACCAACCUCUACCUCAAGUACCUCUUUGAGUUCGAGUGGGAGCACGACAAGUCGCCUGCUGGCGCCAACCAGUUCGUCGCUAAGACCGACGCCAUCAUUCCAGACCCCUUCGACCCUACCAAGAAGCGUCGCCCCACCAUGCUUACUACCGAUCUGUCUCUGCGCUACGAUCCCGAGUACGAGAAGAUUUCACGUCGCUUCCUCGAGAACCACGACCAGUUCGCCGACGCCUUUGCCCGCGCUUGGUUCAAGCUGCUCCACCGUGACAUGGGUCCUCGCGCCCGCUGGCUGGGUCCUGAGGUCCCCAAGGAGGUACUCAUCUGGGAGGACCCCGUCCCUGAGGUCGACCACGCUCUCGUUGAUGACCGUGACCUCGCUGGCUUGAAGCAGGCCAUCUUCGCCACAGGUGUCGAGCCCUCCAAGUUCCUCGCCACCGCCUGGGCUUCGGCUGCCAGCUACCGUGACAGCGACAAGCGCGGUGGUGCCAACGGCGCCCGCAUCCGCCUUGCACCCAUGAAGGACUGGGAGGUCAACAACCCCACCCAGCUCGCCGAGGUCAUCAAGGCGCUCGAGGGUGUUCAGCAGCAGUUCAACUCGAGCCAGGGUGGCAAGAAGAUCUCGAUUGCCGACUUAAUUGUUCUCGCCGGUAAUGCUGCUCUCGAGAAGGCUUCCGGUCUCCCCGUUCCCUUCACCCCCGGCCGUACCGACGCCAGCCAGGAGCAGACCGAGGUCGACACCUUCGAGUUCCUCAAGCCUGUCGCCGACGGUUUCCGCAGCUACGGCCAGUCCACCGACCGUGUUCGCGCCGAGCAGAUCCUCAUUGACCGUGCCAACCUCCUCACCCUCAGCCCUCCCGAGCUCACUGUUCUCAUCGGUGGUCUCCGUGCCCUCGGUCUCAACUACGAUGGCUCUGCACACGGUGUCCUCACCCACCGACGCGGCCAGCUCACCAACGACUUCUUCGUCAACCUGCUCGACAUGAGCACCGAGUGGAAGGCUGCCGACAACGGCAAGGGUGAGGUCUUCGACGGCGUCGACCGUCACUCUGGCCAGAAGAAGUGGUCUGCCACCCGUGCCGAUCUCGUCUUCGGUUCGCAGGCUGAGCUCCGCGCUCUUGCCGAGAUCUACGCUCAGGCCGACAACGCCGAGAAGUUCAACAAGGACUUUGUUGUUGCAUGGAACAAGGUCAUGAACCUCGACCGCUUCGACGUCAAGAAGAGCAACAUCGCUCGUGCCAAGUUCUAA